AUUUUUGUUUGAUAAUGCAUUAGGACAUCAUACAUGAAGAAUGUUUUGUAUCUUCCCGAUUGCCUAAGAACAGGCAUAAAAGCGCUGAGAGUUCUGGGCUGCUCUAAACAUUUCUCCUGCCUUGCUCGUCGCUGCGAGAGGAUUUAUCUCCACUCCCAGAAGAUGUCAUUCUACAGACAGAUGAUCAGCUCCCGCUGCCUUCCACCCUGCGAAGUCACCUGCCCACAGCCAGUCGCAAAUGCCUGGAACCAGCCUUGUGUUACAUCCUGUGGUGAUUCCAGAGCUGUGAUCUACCCACCACCCGUGGUCAUGACUUUCCCAGGACCCAUUCUCAGCUCCUGCCCUCAGGAGAGCUUCGUGGGCAGCUCAGCACCAUCCAGCAUUGGGAGCUGCUUUGGAUCCAUGAGCUCUCUGGGUGCCAGUGGCUCCUAUGGCUCUAGGAGCUUGUACAAUUUUGGGAGGUCAUAUUCUUCCUAUGGAUCCAGUGGUUGUGGUUUUGGGAGCUGCAGACCAUGCUAAGUGUGUGAUGAAUAACUCGACACAGAGGAAGAUGUGCCUCCACAAUCCCUGUUACCGGCAUUGCUUUCCUGGAACCUGAACUGGGCAUCUCCAAAAACCACAUGUAAUUCUCAAGCUAAUGUUUAAUUUAGUUUUCCAACUAUUCUUUCCAACAACUCCUGAUAGUAAUACUCUCAAAUUAGUUAUAUCAAUAACCUUUGGCUGGUUGAAAGAGGGAUGAGAUUGUGUAAGCCUUCCCACGCCAUGAAAAAGAAAGCGUAAUGUAUAUGGAAUGCAUAGCCCUGGAGUAAUUAUUUGCUUGCAGCCUUUAAUAAGGCCUUGGCAAUAGUUUCCCUGGUUUUUUUUCAUUCUCAGCAAGAUCUUUUACUUCUUACUUUCUCAUUAAAUUAUUGUGCAUCAAAA